GGUUUAGUCGAGUCGAUAAAGGCAAAGGUCAGAGCUUGACUUUCAGCUGUUCCGACUGCCCUCCUCCCCCCAGAGAAACCGGUCCGGCACCGGGAAGCCAGGGGUUAAAGUUGGCAGGGAAGCAUCCCCGGGAUAGCCAGCGCAGAGCCUUGGCCCUAGCCUCAGUCUCUCCCUCCUCCUCAUUGGCGGGAGCUCUCGAGGUUUCUCUUGUUCCCUACUUGCCAUUGGUUGGGGGCUGGCUUUCCCUCCUCUCCGUCUUUUUCUUCCUCCCCCUCCCUUCUCCCUCACCCCUCGGACAGGAGCUCACUGCCUACCCCCUGUUCCUCGGGAAGGGAGGAAUUCAGGGGGGAAAAAGUUUCCCAGAAGUUUGGAUCAGGGGAAGGACGGGAAGACCGAGAGGGGAAGGGGGGGAGAGGGAGGUGAAAAAGGAAGCGAAAGGAGAGAGAGGGGGAGAAUAAAAAAAAGAAAGAAAGAAAGAGAGAAAAGGAAAAAAGAAAGAAAGAUGAAGUCCUGUCUGCAGGGCUUGUGAGCGCCUGCCCGGGUGGGUGGGAAACUGGACUCAGCGCCCAUGCAGCGAGCGGGCGGCGUUCCGGGCGCUCGUUCCUAGAGGCUAGGGUAGCUGGGGGCACCGGUCUGAUCCGGCAGUCGAGGGCGGGGGAGGACACCGAGGGAGGGCGCAGAUCACCCGCGGAGCCUCCGCCCCAGCUUCGGCUGCCGCGCCGCCGCCUCUUCAGGGCCCGGCCGGGCAGGCGCUCCGAGCGUGCGGCCGCGGGGCUGCCAGCUCAGUAGAGCGCGGGCGAGAGGGGGACCCGGGUGCGGGCGGCUAAAAAUGAGUGAAAGGAGAAGAUCUGCAGUCGCCCUGAGCUCCCGAGCACAUGCCUUCUCCGUUGAAGCCUUGAUCGGCUCAAAUAAAAAGCGGAAGCUGCGAGACUGGGAGGAGAAGGGGCUGGACCUGUCCAUGGAGGCGCUGAGUCCCGCAGGCCCACUCGGAGACACAGACGACCCGGCGACACACGGCCUGGAGCCCCACCCGGAUUCUGAGCAGAGCACUGGGUCUGACUCUGAGGUGCUCACUGAGCGGACCUCCUGUUCCUUCAGCACUCACACUGACCUGGCGUCUGGUGCCACGGGCCCAGUGCCUGCUGCCAUGUCUACCAUGGAGGAGAUUCAGGUGGAGUUACAAUGUGCUGACCUCUGGAAGAGGUUCCAUGAUAUUGGAACAGAGAUGAUCAUCACCAAAGCAGGCAGGAGGAUGUUUCCUGCCAUGAGAGUGAAAAUCACUGGCCUGGAUCCACACCAACAAUACUAUAUAGCAAUGGACAUUGUGCCCGUGGACAAUAAAAGAUACAGAUAUGUGUAUCAUAGCUCCAAGUGGAUGGUGGCUGGCAAUGCGGACUCCCCCGUGCCUCCAAGGGUUUAUAUACACCCGGAUUCCCUAGCUUCUGGAGACACCUGGAUGAGACAGGUGGUGAGUUUCGACAAACUCAAGCUGACCAACAAUGAACUGGAUGAUCAAGGACAUAUCAUUCUGCACUCUAUGCAUAAAUACCAGCCUCGAGUCCACGUGAUCCGCAAAGACUUCAGCAGUGAUCUUUCACCCACCAAACCUGUGCCUGUAGGGGAUGGGGUGAAAACAUUCAACUUUCCUGAGACGGUGUUCACCACAGUCACAGCCUAUCAGAACCAGCAGAUCACCAGAUUAAAAAUUGACCGAAAUCCGUUUGCUAAAGGAUUCAGAGAUUCUGGAAGAAACAGAACUGGGCUGGAAGCCAUCAUGGAGACCUAUGCAUUCUGGAGACCUCCUGUGCGCACACUGACUUUUGAGGACUUCACCACCAUGCAAAAGCAGCAAGGGGGCAGUACAGGUACUUCCCCAACCACCUCCAGUACCGGGACACCAUCCCCGUCGGCUUCUUCGCAUCUCUUAUCUCCGUCCUGUUCUCCUCCAACUUUUCACUUGGCCCCCAAUACUUUCAACGUGGGCUGUCGAGAAAGCCAGUUGUGUAAUCUAAACCUCUCUGAUUAUCCACCAUGUGCCCGCAGCAACAUGGCUGCCUUACAGAGCUACCCAGGGCUGAGUGACAGUGGCUACAACAGGCUCCAGAGUGGCACAGCUUCAGCCACUCAGCCCUCUGAAACCUUCAUGCCUCAAAGGACUCCAUCUCUGAUCUCAGGAAUACCAACGCCUCCCUCGUUGCCUAGCAACAGCAAGAUGGAAGCCUACGGUGGCCAGUUGGGGUCCUUCCCCACUUCCCAGUUUCAGUAUGUCAUGCAGGCAGGCAAUGCGGCCUCCAGCUCCUCAUCACCGCACAUGUUUGGUGGCAGCCACAUGCAGCAGAGCUCCUACAAUGCCUUCUCCCUUCAUAAUCCCUACAAUCUGUAUGGAUACAAUUUCCCCACCUCCCCCAGGCUAGCUGCAAGCCCAGAAAAACUGAGCGCAUCUCAAAGCACUUUACUCUGCUCUUCUCCUUCCAAUGGGGCCUUUGGAGAGAGGCAGUACCUGCCCACAGGGAUGGAGCACAGCAUGCACAUGAUCAGCCCUUCAGCCAAUAAUCAGCAGGCUACCAACACCUGUGAUGGCCGACAGUAUGGGGCAGUUCCAGGCUCCUCUUCCCAGAUGUCAGUACACAUGGUUUAAAGAGCAGUCUAAACACCAUGGAGGUCAUGGCAGUCAAGACUCCAGAAUCUCUGUGGGUGGAUCUUCUUCUUUGGGAACCCCGUGCCUUGGGAAAAUAGGAAUUGUGCAUUCGUUUUUGUUUUUGUUUUUGUUUUUGUUUUUUUCUGGAUAAGGAAAACAGAGAACAGCAAUAGAUACCACUGAAGGAUCCUUCGAGUGCAUCAUCUAUAACUCAGUGGUCAUUCUUCUGCCUUCCAAACUCUUAGUUCUAUAAAAGCAUUGUGUAUGACAGAGUGGCCUUGAAGAGACUGAAUAAUAAUUUUAUAAUAAUGUUGAAGGAGAUGAUAGUAUGUAGCAGUCAAGAAAAGUUACACAUACAGGCACACACACACACACACACUUACAUGCAUAUAUUCAUGCACACACAUGCAUACACAAAAUAAUACAAACACAAACAUUCUAUACACUGACUUUGAACUGGGUGAACUCUAUGAAGGGAGGCCCAGAGUGGGUGGUUUCACCAAAAAUCUGUCUGUAUACAACCCUAGAUGGAUUGGGUCAUUAUUAGCCAUUAGCCUUUCUCCCUGGCAGCUUACCAUGUUUCUGGAAUGAACCGUGUACCCUAGAACCUCUCCACAUCACUGAGGUGGAAAGACAUCGGUGGUACAACUGGACUUGGCUUCCUGAGAAAGGUUGCUUUUAAACUUUUGGCUCUCUUCAGUCAGUGUGCCAUCAUUGAUGUUCUAAUGGUGCCUGUGGAAGGACAGGGUGAGAAAAGCUGGGAGAGAGAAAGAGAAUCGAGAGCAGGAGAGAGCGGACAGCAAGACUGAGAAGAUGUGAACAAACGAGGAGAUGUAAUUCCCCAAGGAGAAUUGUUUGGGUUUGUUUAGCCCCUAAAGUUAUAGAAAGAAUGAUGGUGUUAUUGGAGAGUCAGCCUCUUUGGGACCCAGCAUAUAGUCAAGGGUACCAAUGAGAAGGGCUAGGACAAGGAAUGCUUGAUUCCACAGCUCUCAAUAAUGACCCAGGAGAGAGGUGCACUGUAUGGGAGUUCUGUUCUACGGCAUUCAGCCUGGCAAGGUGAGGGAAAUGGGUGUGGAGAAUGAAGAAUGGUUGUAUCUCCCAGGUGAUACCAAAAACAGUCUUGGAAGACAGGCCUGGCCUCAAAUGCCAGAUGCAAAGCCCUGACCUGGACGAUCUCCCCCUGGUCCCAUGCAAGAGAAACCUUGACACACCAGAGAGAAUUGCAGAUGGAUCUUCUGCCCUUUUUCUACCUAUCUGUAGCUCUCUCUCUCUCUUUUUUUUUUAAAUCAAAUAGUUCAUUGCAUUCUGAAGUUUGAGGAUUGUUUUUUCUUUCCUUUUCCUUUCAAAUCCUUUAAUGAUAAGAAAACAAGUGAAGCUUGCUGCAAGCUAAAAAUUUUAAAUGAUGUGGAAACGCAAAUGAUGCCAAGUAAGAUAAUACAGAUAUUAUUAAGAUUUUUUUUUGGUUUUGAGGUGUUGUAGAUAAAUGUAUUUAUAUGCCUAGUGGGAUAUUCAAUAUUAUGAAUAUUAAAAAGUGGGCAAUAAAAAGGGUAUGUAAAAUAUGUAUGAAGAAAAGGUGUAUAAAAGUUUGCCCUUAUGCACGGAACUGUUUCUGAGUGCCAAGCACAGAAAGCCGCUAAAUAAAAUCUUUGCAAUUGUU